UAUUAAUGAUUAAUUACUGUAUCAUUCCAUAAAAAUGUAAAAAAGUAGAACGAUUGAUACUUUCAAAUAAAAAAAAAAUUUAUGGAGAUAGUAGAAUGAAAAUGCUUCGAAAGUGGUUUGACAUACUUGCACAUUUCCUUCACACAGCCUUUUUUAAAUCAGUAUAUCUCUUAACUGUAUAUAAGUGUACAGCUUAUGCAAAAUCUAAACGUUUGUAAAGUAUUUUGAACAAUGAAUAAAAAAUCUAUUAUAUUUUCAACCAUGGAAGGCAAUUUUGCUGAUAAAUUGGAUUAUAUGUUUGGAGUAAAAUCCAGCUUUUUCAAAGUAGAACCAGGAUACUGUUUAUUACCUCCUAAUUAUGCGUUCUUUGCUAAAAAAAUAAGAGAUAUGAAAAUAUACGAAGAUGACAUAUGGGUAGUUUCUUAUCCUCGAACUGGUAGUCAUUGGGUACAAGAAAUGGUAUGGUGUAUUGGAAAUAAUUUUGAUUAUAAAACCACGAAAACUCUUUUGGUGAUACGUAGUCCGUUGCUAGAAGCAUCCGCCCUCAUGGUUACAGGAAAUUACGUAGAUUGGUUUUCAAAAUUAGGUGACUCAGUAGAAAAUGUUGUGAAUGCAUCACGACCUCGAUAUAUUAAAUCACAUCUACCUUGGGAUUUAUUACCUACAGAUAUUCACUUGAAAAAACCAAAAAUUAUAUAUAUAAGCCGAAAUCCUAAAGAUACAUGUGUGAGCUUUUACCAUUACUGUAAAGUAUUUCAUAAUAUGAAAGGCAGCUUCGAAGAUUUCGCGGAAUUAUUUGUGAAUGACAAUGUUCCAAUGGGACCAUUCUGGAAUCAUGUACUUCCUUUCUGGAAUGCUAGAAAACAAGAUAAUAUUUUGUUUUUAACAUAUGAAGAUAUGAAGAAGGAUCAAGCUGACAUAAUUAAAAAAACAGCAAAAUUUCUUAACAAAACAAUAACAAAUGAACAAAUUAUUGAACUUAGCGAACACUUAAAAUUCUCUAAAAUGACGACAAAUCCUGCUGUAAAUUUAGAACAUAUAUUAAAAGAAAAGGGUUUUGAUGAAAAUAAUCCUAAUGUAAAAUUUAUAAGGAAAGGCAAAAUUGGUGAUUGGAAAAAUUACAUGUCAGAAGAUCUAAGUCAAAAAUUUGAUAUUUGGAUGGAGAAACAUUUAGAAAAUACUGAUUUAAAACUGGAUACAGAAAGUUCUAUAUGUGAAUAGCAAUGAAAAUUACCUAUUUAUUAUUUAUUUUAUCUAAGCAAUGAUAAAGUUACAUUAAAAUUUGCUGCAUAUAAAAAUCCAGAGAAUAAUUUUUGUAUGCUAUAAUAUACUUUCUUCUAGACUUUUAUAUGACAGAUAUUAAUACAAAAUUAGAGAUAGAAAAAUCUAUAUAUUAUAUGUCAUAAUUAAUUAAAUGAUCAUACAUAUAUGUAUAACAGAAUAAAAUUUCUUCUGAUAAAUUAAAUAUCGGUUGAAAACUAAAUAAUUUCAUAUUACGUAAAU